AUGCCCGUACACGCUCAAUCGCUCAGCGGCGCUCGCGCCACCAGGCUCUUGAUAAAGCAUAUGAGAAGGAGUGGCGUGUUGUGCAAAAUGAGCGCAUCAACACCACCGAGGCGAUUCGGGAUGAACACAUGGCCCGUAUUACGCGUGGCACGAAGCGCACGGAUGUCUUCAGAUCAGCUCGCUCGCCAAAUCAAGUCGCAGCGCAUGCUGCUAUUUAAGCGUGCUGCCCUCACAGAAGAGCGCAAGGCAGACUGCAAGUUGUUCAAGGAACACUGUGAGGACCCAAGAUGA